AUGUCAGCCAUGGACAAUGUGCGCCAGGUGACGAUGCGCCACGGGGCACCCGCUCAGUACCGUGGCUACGUCCAGAAAAAGUGUCGAACGUUUUCCUCAACGAAACGCUGGAUGGUGGCAGCCGGCUCCACGCUCAGCAACUACACGAGUCGCGAAGCCUUCGAGCCGACCUGGAGACUGAACAUCCUCGGCGCACAGCUAGAGCGCGUGGGUAAACGUGGAUUCCGCAUCACGACCACCGAGCGAAAGUUGGAGUUCGUGGCCCCCUCCGACAAAGAGGCAGAGGACUGGUUCGUGGCCCUCAGCCAAGCAGUGAGCCGCUCGUUUGAGCGCGAUUAUGAGCUUGGCAGCAAGAUCGGGGAAGGUGCGUUCGCCGUCGUCUACGACGCCUACGACAAAGUCACCGGUGAGCAGGCAGCAGUGAAAGUUAUUCGAAAGGCGAGUUUAGACCCGGCGGACUUUGCCCUGCUCGCGCGAGAGGUUCAUAUUCUAUUGACGGUCCAACACCCGAAUUGUGUCGAGACUUACGAUAUCUAUGAUGCGCCGGAUGCCAUCUACAUCGUCAUGGAGAAAAUGAAAGGCGGUGAACUCUUUGACCGCAUCGCCGUGGCUGGUGCGUUUAGUGAGCGCGAUGCCGCUCACGUGUUUCGGCAGUUGAUGCGCGGCGUUGCGUACCUGCAUAGCCGCGGCAUUGCACACCGUGAUCUCAAACCAGAGAACCUCUUGACGACAGACCCGACUGCGCCGCUUUCCAAAAUGCACCUGAAAAUCGCCGACUUUGGUCUGGCGAACGUGAUUGGCAAGGGCACAGAAGCGCUCAUGCGAACCUGUAUUGGUACACCGGGCUACGUAGCGCCCGAGAUCGUCAAACAUCAACCUUACACGAGCAAGGUAGAUUGCUGGAGCGCUGGUGUGAUUCUUUUUAUCAUGUUGAGUGGAAAAAUGCCUUUUUACGGAAAAGACGACUACGAAAUCAUGCGCCGCAUCGUACGAGCGCAAUACAAAUUCCGAGAAUCCGAAUGGGCACAAGUCAGCGAUGACGCCAAGGAAUUGGUUCGGGCACUGCUCCAGGUGAACCCGGAACAACGCCUCUCGGCUGAGGAGGCACUGAAGCAUCCCUGGUGCACGUCAAAUACAUUGUCGGUCGCUAGUCUCUCUAGCACAGCAGGUCUGAGGGCCAUGCAGGAGGCGAAACGCAACAAAAUGAAAGCAGCAGUCAAAGCAGCUGCGCAGGGUACGCGAAUGGCGCAGCUUGCCAAAGAGCUCGAGACCAUCGAUAUGCAACCCAAAGCGUGA